GAGGCAUAAAACUUCGGUUAGCUCAAAUACAAGGUAGUUAGCGGGAUCCUCCAGUUUUAAAAACUGCAUGGAACGAAUGCAGUAAAUAUUACACAAAAUUAAAACAAUUUUGAUAUCCCGACAAGAAUUUCAACAGGAAGAUGGACUCCAUCGUCAAGGCUGAGCUGAGGGCGAGGAUUCAGCUACAACGACUGUUGUCUGGUCAGGAGGAGCUAACUGUUGAGUAUCCUCCCAGUCCAACGUAUGAGUUGACUUCGGAGGAACGGGUGAAAAUUGACAAACGCAGACGGAAUAACCGCAUUUCUGCCACAAAGUGCAGACAGAAGAAAAGACAACUGGAGAAUCGCCUGAUGAAGAAAUAUAAUCAACUGUGUAUCGAAAAUUCUGCACUGGAAAAAGAAAGCAAAAAUCUUCUAAUACAAGUAAAGGCCUUGAGACAUACACUUAACACACACGUAUGUUAUUUGCAAGCAAUCAGACGCGAUGCCCUAGGGACUGGACGUCACUUACAACCAAUCAGACGCGACGUUAUUGGAUCAGGAGGUCAUUUACAACCAAUCACACGCGACGUUCUUGGAGCUGGACGUCAUGGCGUGGAACGGAAUGUCGAAACACAGGACAAGCUUUUAAACAACCAACACAUCCGAGACGCAGACAUAUUGGAAAACCAAAACAACUGCUGCUCAUCGCGACAGCCAUUAUGUGAAAAGCACCAGCCGGACAUGAAGUGGCAUCAUUUCUCCAGCAGCCACAGGGAUCUUCGACAAGAGCUGGAUCAUGAACAGGAUCAACGCGAUGAAGAGGACGAACAAUUAGAGCGUCAAGACCUAGAACAGGGACAGAAUCUGGAGCUGCUAAAGUGUAGCACAGCGAGUCCUGACAGUGUGUCCAUGGACCAUAGCUAUGUUAGUAUUACCGUUGAUGACAUUUUGAACGAUAUUUCCAGUUUUGACUUCUGCCAAGUAUUUUGUUGUGAAUUAGAUGGCAGUACAGGAAACGAAUAAACCAAUGUACAGAUAGACAUAGAACAUAUCGGUGUAAAAUUCACCAAGCAUUACGGAAUAAUGAUUUAAUGACACAUAUAAUGACAUUUAAUACAUUAUUUAUUCGUAAACAAAAAUAGACAUGUAGUCGGACGUUAUUCUCUGUGUUUUCUAUAUCUGUCUCUCUCUCCCUUUGCCUCGAUCUAUCAAUUGUGCAUGUGCCCGAAAACAACAAUACCUAUAUAUAUAUUUAUACUAUAUCCAUACUGUUUUAAUAUCCUAUUGUAUUUAAUGACAUGUGAUCGAAGGUCACAAACGUUACCGAAGGGAUUCCUCAGAUUCUUCAACGUAAAAAAUAAAAUAAUAAUAUAACUGUCGCAAAAUUCAGGGUGGGUGGGUGCCCCAUCCCCUUAGAUCCGCCACUGCCAAGCACGCCAAACAAAUACAUGGUAAAAUAUUUCCAUCCCACAGUGUUGCCAUUCCAUACGCCUUGGACCGAAACGUCAUCGAAUUUAUUCACUAAUGGCUGGUGGCAUGAAUGAUACUAACAUACUCAGCCUUUUAGAUGCUAUUAGUUACGCAGUUUUUUGACAGGCGUUGUUGGUUUUUGUUUUAAUUUUUAAUCCAUCUACGUUGUUUUCCAUUCUUCUUGUUUUUCUUUGCCCUCUAUGGGAUUACACAGACAAACUAUGAUAUGCUAUUAAAAUAAUGCUAAACGUUGGAAACUCCUGUCAAAAAACCGCAUAACGAAUUUAUUACCUUUCAGAUCUUUGUUUUAUAUUUUAAACUAAAAUUACACUAACAGUCGAAAUUUUAAAUAAAGUACACACACAUUUUAAGUUUGAGUUUAAUAACAUAACAUAACCUUAAAUUUCUCAAAAUAUUUUGGAUUUUUUUUUGUUAACAAAUAACUACAAGGUAUUACUGCAUUUUUGUUAGCUGUUUGGGUAUUAAGAGUGUCAACAAAGAUUCCGGGUGGUUUUACCCUGAAAUCAUUUCGAACACUGUUUCGCAAAGGGAGACAACUCUUAGCGCCUUAUUAUCUUGCGUGUUUUAAAUGUUUAUGAUUAUGUUGUAAUCGUAUCGGGAAAACAAAAUUGAACACCCGCAGCCGAACAAAAAUAUUUGUCGUGUUGUACUAACUUGUAGAAGCUGUAAAAAAGCAUGUCGAGUUAUUACUUAAAAUAUGUUCGUGAUAAUUGGUCCACGUUCUAACACGGUAACUGAUUACCUACACAAUUCUAUAUUCUAGCGUCGGCUUUUAAUACGCGAAAAACUACAAUUUUGUUCAAACGUGCUCAAGAAAUCUUCAAAUAGACAGUAAAAAUAAAAUUGACCGAAUUGUGGUAUUCCCAUUCAUAAUGAAUUCAAGACUUUUAACAAAUUUAAUCAGCGAGUCGUGUUGGAGAAAAUUUCGUCGGUCUCAUCCGACAUUUCGUACACCCCGGCAAAUUUUCUAUUUUUCCGCAAAUGACACGAUGUAUUUGUGGUAUGCAUUGGCUAUUGACCAAUCAAAACGCAUGAAAUUUAUCUAAAAGGUAAUAAAUGCCUGUAUAUACGUUAUAGUGAGAUGAGUAUACUGUAUGCAGAGGGUGGGUUUCGGGCUCGACCCCCUGCUCAAACACAUUUUCUCUUCUCUUUUUUUUUGCAGUUAAUUUACCUGAGAUAUGUCUCGACCUCCCUAUAAAUUUCACUCAGCACAGUCUAGCCCCCCCCCCCCCCCCCCACCUUGCUAAAAUUCCUGGACACGCGCCUGAUAAGUAUAUAUAAUAAUAAUUAUUAUUAUACUGGACCCAAUGUAUAUACAGUUUGCAAAUAAAGCAGUUAUUGUAAUUUAUUAAAUGCGACGUUGUGUUUAGUGAAUACACAAAUAAUUCAGUGAAACGAGACCACAGUCCGAAAUAUGGCCGGACGUAGCUCAAUGGUAAAGCGCUCGCCUGACAAUUUUUAACAAACGGAUCGUAAGUUUGUUGUACCGGUACAAGGUUUAAGUCUUGAGUCUACAGGCCUUAAUAAUCUUGAUGGAUAAAACACGACAUCGUCGGUAUAAAUAGUUAAUUGCUGCACAUACAUCGCUGCCACUCACUUUCAUCAGCAAGGGUGCAUAAUUGUAUGUCCUGAAGUUUUGAUAGAGAUAUGCCUAACAGACAAACAGACAUAGACAGACUGACAGACGGCUGACGGACGGAUCGGUUCACGGGCUAAGGACAUUAAUUUUAGGCAAACAGACUAAAAUGAAUGAAUGGAUGUUGAACAACACCCCAGCACAAAAGAGAAAUGCAAAGUAAAAACAAAUAACUAGAUAAAGAGAGAGAUGAAUAGAAGAAAUAGUUAAGCAAAGUCUGCAUAAUGGCCCUUUGAUACUCGGAACCUAUCUGUAUAAAGGCCCUUUGAUACUCGGAACCUGUUAGAAGAAGUUUGUUUUCUUUAACUACACCCCUAAAGCACAUUGAUUUAUUGAUAUAUUAAUCAUCGGCUAUUGGAUGUCAAACAUAUGGUUAUUUUGACAGUCAUAGAGAGGAAACCCGCUA